UUUGGACCUUGAUGGGCUAUUCUGAGAUGUGGGUUGAAAUCAGGGCUCAGGGUGGCGCGGCUUCUAAAUAUUUUUCUACUGAGGUCUUAUUUCUUUCUUUUUUUCAUUUUUUUGGAGAUUACUGAUUUAGCUGUUUGGAUAGCCGUCACUUGAGCGAAGGAAGAAGGUAAUCUCAAGCUAUUAGCGAAAAAAACAAGCAAUAAGGUGAUGGGAAAGGAUUCGAAACCAAAGGAGUCAGGAGGGAAGGGCAAGGGAAAGCAGGCAGGGGGUGGAAGUGAUGAAAAUGCUUCAAAGGGUAAGGGGAAAUCUGGGAAGUCAGCAGAUGGACUUGGUACCUGCACUUAUGUCAAAGCAAGGCAUAUCUUAUGUGAGAAGCAAGGGAAGAUCAAUGAAGCAUAUAAGAAGCUACAAGAUGGUUGGCUAAGCAAUGGAGACAAGGUUCCUCCUGCUGAAUUUGCAAAGCUAGCUUCUGAAUAUUCGGAGUGCCCAUCUGGAAAGAAAGGUGGGGACCUUGGAUGGUUUCCUAGAGGAAAGAUGGCAGGCCCAUUUCAAGAUGUUGCUUUCAGCACCCCUGUUGGAGCUACCAGUGCACCAUUUAAAUCGACGCAUGGAUACCACAUAAUCUUGUGUGAAGGGAGGAAGAACUGAUAGGACCCACUUUGGUGCAACACAGUGGUAAUAGAAGUUUAAUCUUUGAUGGUCUUGUUUUGACCAUUUAAGCUAGUCAGGGUACUUUGUAUUGCACGAUUUAGCGUCAUGUAUUGAUAAAAGGUGCAUCCUUUCUUAAACCUCAAUUACUGACAAGAGGAUUAUCUUCAAGUUGGCUGGGAUAUUAAGGUUAUCAUCAACAUCAUCAUUAGGGCCUUGCCCUAACAAUAUGGGGUCUGUUAUAUGAUUCGUCCAUUCCUUUCUA